AUGGAAUCAUAUAGUCGUGACUGGAUGCUAUGCAAGAAAAAUGACCUUAAGUAUAGAACUGGAGUGAAGAAGUUCUUAGAGUUUGCUUUUACACAAGGAAAAGGAAACCAAGUUGUGUCAUGUCCUUGUGUGAAAUGCAACAAUGAGAGGAGGAAAACCAGGCUGGAAAUAGAAUUAGAUCUGCUAAAGUUUGGGAUUGUUAAGAGUUACACACGUUGGGUACGACAUGGUGAAAGUUUUGAAUGCCAAGUUGAUGCAAAUGCUUUAGAUGACUCGCAUCAAAAUAUAGAGCAUAAUUAUAUGAGUGACAUGUUGUAUGAAGCAUUUGAAAUGGCGACACAAGAAGUAGAUGCUGAGGUUGGAGAAGCUGUGGAUGAAAAGGCUAAGGUUGAUAUUCGAGGAGAUCCAAGUGAAGAAGCCAAAACAUUUUAUAAAUUAAUGGAAGACCUUGAGUUGUCGUUAUAUCCAGGCUGUAAAAACUUUUCAAAGUUGUCCUUUCUGCUUAAGUUAUUUCACAUAAAGUGCUUAGGGGGGAUAACAGAUAAAAGUCUUUCUAUGAUUCUUGAUCUUUUCAAGGAAGCAUUAUCGGAGAAUAACACUUUGCCAGAAUCCUUCUACGAAGCUCAAAAGACGGUGAAGAAGUUGUCUCUUAACUCCAUCAAGAUUGAUGCUUGUCCCAAUAAUUGCAUGCUAUUUUGGAAAGAGCAUGCUAAUGCGGAUGAAUGCCCUAAGGGACCUAAGAAGAAUAUUGAUGUGUAUCUCCAACCUCUAAUUGAGGAACUUAAGUUGCUUUGGAAUGUUGGUGUGGAGACGUAUGAUGCCUCAAAAAAAGAGAAGUUUAGGUUGUUCGCUUCUUUGUUAUGGACUGUUAGUGACUAUCCAACUUAUGGUGAUCUCUCUGGAUGGAGUACGGGAGGAGAAAAAGGUUGUCCUACUUGCAACAAUUACACAUCUUCAGAAUGGCUAAGAAAUGGGGGCAAAUACUGUUACAUGUGUCAUCGCCAAUUUCUACCCAUUGAUCAUGAAUGGAGGUACGAUGGGGCAUCUUUUGGCGGCACACAUGAGAUUAGACCAAAGCCAAAGGAGUUAACGGGUGAGAAAGUGCUUGAACAAUUAGUGUAUGUUGAAUGUGUUACAUCUUUUGAGACUCCUACUAGGAAGAGAAAUCGACGAAAAGAUCAAAAGAACAAAUGCUAA